AUGAAAAUUUAAAAUGUUCAAUGUACUAAAUGCUAAUUUGGUUUGGUUCGAAUUGUUGAAAUCUAAUAAGAUGAAGAAAAUAUUAAACUUUCGUAAAUUUCAAUUAAAAUAGUCUCUAUGGAAGAACUGGUUGUCUUUCAGUUGCUAAAAAUAAAAAUGAUUUAAUAUUUUAAAUCCUGA